ACCAUUGUUUUUAAAGUGUUUUGUGUUGACGCUUUUGUGUUUUAAUUGCUAUUGUUUAGCGUUGUACACUUUGCCUUUUAUUUGACGUAAUGUAACGUGGCACCGAAAAUUAAUCGAACUGAAACGCUGUUUGAAACAAGAUAGUGAACUCAACUGUUAUCAUUGGAGUUAGUCUCUCUUGUGAACUAAGUUACAAAUAAGUCAGUCUCCCCUGUGAACUAAAGAACAAACAAGUCAGUCUCCCCUGUGAACUAAAGAACAAAGAGGUCAGUCUCCCUUUGUAACUAAGUUACAAACAAGUCAGUCUCCCCUGGGAACUAAGUUACAAACAAAGGGAUAGUCGAAAACCUGGAUUUUAAACGUCUCCAAUCUUCGUAGUUCUGUCGUCUGACUCAUCUGUCAAUCCACAAUCAUGGAGAGCGAUUACGGAAUUAUGGACCUGUUGGAGGGGAAGGGUACCCAGAGGCUCUCCAGCAUCAUCAUGCACAAUUGGGGGUCCUCCGGAAGCAUCACUCUGGAACACGGGCUGGAUUCCCACGUGCAGUCCAGUCCCAACGGCCGGGCUAACGGUCGCGCCAAUGGCAUCGCCCCAGCUACGACGGGCCACUCCAACGGCCACCACCACCACCACCGUCCCAACGAAGCCACCACCAACAGGAAGCGCCCCAGGGAUGCCAUCUAUCCGGAGGAGACCUACAGGCUGCGGCCGGAUUCGGGCGAGGACCUGGACCACAUAAAAGUCGAAUACAAGGAACCAGGAUGUUGCAAUACCAAAUACAGUCAGCAGUUGAUGCACCUUUUACCCUUCAGACCAAAGCGCAAAGACAAAAGACUACUUCCAGGUAGCAGCGCUGGACUAUUCAGUUACUUCACCGUCCACUGGCUGACCAGACUUAUGGUCAAGGCCUUCAAGAGUGGACUCCAGCCUUCAGACUUGUGGACGAUACAGGCAGAUGACGGGGCCGAAAAGAACGCCGAUCGCCUACUACGCCUUUGGGAGGAUGAAGUCAGCACUUCGAGGAAGGCCAACCAGAGGCCGCAGCUCUGGCGCGCCGUUUGGAGAGGGGUCAGGACCAGGGUCGUCGUCUGCAUGGUCAUCUCUGUCUUCCAAAAUGUCCUUCAGUUCUUGGGCCCAUCGGUGUUAUUAAAGUUGGUUCUAGACUACAUAAACUCGCCCACAAUAGAUUUCCAGUACGCUGCCAUUAUAACCGUCUCCAUUCUAAUCGUGAACAUGCUGAGGGGCGCCUGUUUCAACGCCAUGUUCGUUGUUGGGACUCACACAGCCACAAGGGUCACCGGUGCCAUCCAGGCUUUGAUGUACAAGAAGAUUCUAAAGUUGAAAACGGGCGGUGAGAGACUUUCAGCCCAAAUCAUCAACUUCUGCAACAAUGACAUGGAGAGGCUCUUCGAAGCUUGCAUAUCCUGCGUGUUCCUAACAGCCAUGCCCAUCAUUUUUACGUUAAGCGUGAUCUACUCGGUCUACAUACUGGGCCCCUGGUCGUUGCUUGGACAGGCUGUGUUCGUUUGCUUUUAUCCAAUUAUGGGCCUCAUCGCCAAAGCACAAAGCAAAGUGAGGGUUCAGACGGUCAAAGUGACGGACAAGAGGGUGACCCUCAUGAACGAGAUUCUGAACAGCAUCCGAUUGAUCAAGAUGUACUCCUGGGAAGAGUCGUUCGCAGAGAAGAUUGCAGGACUCAGGAAAGAGGAAUUGAAGAAACACCGCGUUGGAGCCUUGCUACAAGCUGUCAGCUCGACUGUUGUGCCAAGUAUUAGCAUCUUAGCGACGAUUGUCACUUUUCUUGGGUAUACGCUGACUGGUAAUACACUGACUUCCUCUGAAGCUUUCACCAUCUUCUCAGUAUUCAAUGCUAUGCAGUUCUCAGUAGGAACUCUGCCAUUUACUGUGAGAUCAGUUGCCGAGGCGAAAGUCUCGCUGACUAGAAUCCAGAAACUACUGGAGUUGCCAGAACACAAGAAACGCAACGGAGGUCUGGUCAACAAUAACUUGGCCCUGCAGAUCAAGAACGGGACCUUCGCCUGGGAAGUCACCAACAUCGAUUUCAAAGCCAAAGACUCUAAAGAGGAUCAUCCACCUGAACGGACUGAGAGCAAGAAGCAGAAUGGCGUAAAGUCAAACGGUUCCGUCCCCAACGGCAAUCAUCAUUCCAACGGCGUUGUCCUCAACGGCAGUUCUCCCAAUGGCAACACCGUGAACGGCAACACCCACAAUGGGAAUUCACCGAAUGGGAAUUCAAAUGGAAUGAACGGAAUCAUUCCCACUGCUGAACCUAACUCUGUGAAAACCGUGACUAUUCUGUUCAACCUCAACUUGUCUGUUCAACGAGGGAAGCUGAUAGGAGUCUGUGGGAGCAUUGGAUCUGGGAAGAGCUCGCUACUGUCAGCAAUUUGUGGGGAUAUGAAAGUUGAAAGUGGCGACUUGCAAGCAAAUGGUCGAUUGGCUCUGGUGACUCAGCAGGCCUGGAUCUACAAUGCAACUCUUCGGGAAAACAUCAUCAUAGGGCAGAAGUUUGAUGAGGAGAAAUACAAGGAAGUCCUGAGAGUGUGUUCCCUGCAGUCUGAUCUGAAUUUACUAUCCAAUGGGGACAUGACUGAAAUUGGUGACCGGGGGAGUACUCUGAGCGGUGGACAGAAGCAGAGAGUCAAUCUUGGCCGCGCUGUUUACAGUGACAGGGACAUUUACCUCCUAGACGACCCUCUUAGCGCCGUUGACACGAAAGUGGCCAAGCAUAUCUUCGGCGAAUGUAUAAAGGGAAGUCUCGCCAGCAAAACUGUCAUCUUUGUGACACAUGCUACUCACUUCCUUGAGCAGUGUGAUGAAAUCGUCGUCAUGCAAACCGGGAAGAUAGCUGAGCGAGGAACCCACAGUGAACUGAUGGAAAGAAAGGGCGACUAUUUUGAUAUGGUUGGACUUGAUUCCUCUGGAAAGGAAAAGAAGAAUGAAGAUAAUAAUACACAGAAGCCAAGUGAAAAAGCUGAUAGUGCAGAUGGAGGUGCGCCAGAGGUCAUUGAAAAGUCCAAGGAGCAAGAGAGCUUGAAUUCAGGCAAGCUGAUCACAGAGGAAACCAGUGCUACAGGAAGUGUUCCUAUGAAGAUGUAUGUAACAUUUAUCAAGGUCUGUGGAGGAUGGUGCAUAGUUGGCCUUAUUUUCUUCGCCAUUGUAAUUUUCACACUCUCAAGAAUGUUCAAUGCUGUGUGGUUGCAAACGUGGCUUGAUCAGGGUGACGGUAGGAAAGAGGAACGCAAAGAGAAUAUCACCAUGUAUAACCUGACCUUCUCUGGAGACGAGUUACUCGGCAGUGUUACGCACAAUCCCGACUUAUGGAUGUACCAGCUUGUCUACAUCAUGAGUUUUGUGAUGCUUCUGAUCACUGGUGUCAUCAAGGGAACUGGGGUUACUUUCAGAGUGCUCUCUGGAUCAUCAAGGCUUCACAAUGACAUGUUCUGGAGUAUUAUAAGGUCCCCCAUGAGCUUCUUUGACACGACUCCCAGUGGACGCAUAAUCAACAGAUUUUCGAGGGACCUAGAUGAAUUGGACGUACGUGUGCCGUUCUUUUUGGAGUUCAUUCUACAAGGUCUCCUGAUGGUUGUAGGCCAGAUGAUGUUGGUGUGCUUCAUCUACGUAUGGUUUGUGGUACCUCUCGUCCUCAUUGCAAUUCUUUUCGCUGGAAUAGACAUCUUCCUGAACGUCGGGGUCCGAGAACUCAAACGUUUGGACAACGUCCUGAAAUCCCCAGUCACUCAGCACAUAAGCUCUUCAGUGUCCGGAAUCUCCGUUAUCCGGACCUUUGACAGGGAGAGUUUAUUCCUCAGUAGAAUGUACAAAUACUUGGAUCAGCACAGUGUGGCAUUGUUGGUAUUCCGUCUUUCAAAUCGCUGGUUCACUUAUAGAAUGGACAUCAUGGCAGUGAUGAUUACGUUUGCCAUCACCGGCAUCUGUGUGUUUACAAAGGGCAGUGUUAGUACUGCUCUCGCUGGUUUAGCAUUAUCAACUGUGAAUGGCGUGUGCGUCUUCAUCCCCUUCCUGAUGAGAAUGAAGUCGGAGUUUCAGUCGCGCAUAACAUCUGUCGAACGCAUCAUUGAAUAUGCAUAUGAUUUGAAAAGUGAGGCCCCUUGUGAAAUCAAAGAGACCCAGCCCCCACCUGAUUGGCCAAAGACUGGAGCUAUUGAACUGAAAGAAGUCAAGCUGAGAUAUCGGCCUGAACUCCCUCUGGUUCUCCACGGUAUCAGCGCUUCGAUAAGAGAUGGCGAAAAGAUUGGAAUAAUUGGCCGUACUGGUGCUGGUAAAUCUUCCCUCAUCUCUACUCUGUUACGUUUAUCUGAGCUGGACUCCGGAAGUGUUUUCGUAGAUGGCAUCGACAUUAGUACAAUUGGCCUUCACGUUCUAAGAUCUAGCAUUUCUGUCAUUCCACAAGAUCCUGUACUGUUCCAUGGAUCAAUUAGGUACAAUUUAGAUCCUUUCGAUAGACACAGUGACGAUGCUGUGUGGCAAGCUCUCGAGCGUUCGCAUUUAAAAGCCGUUGUUCAGAAACAGGAGCAUGGCCUCAUGUCUAUGGUGGAAGCAGCAGGGGAAAACUUUUCCGUAGGAGAACGUCAGCUCAUUUGCUUAACCAGAGCACUUUUAAGAAACAGCAAAAUAUUGCUCUUGGACGAGGCAACAGCAUCAGUAGAUGUAGAAACAGACCACCUUAUUCAAACAACAAUAAAAGAAGCAUUUGUCAGAAGCACCGUUCUGACAAUUGCGCACCGACUAAAUACUAUAGCUAGUUACGAUAGAAUAAUGGUUCUAGAUGCGGGGAGGGUAAAAGAAUUCGACACCCCAGAGGCCCUGAUGUGUACAGAGGGUUCACUUUUCAAGGACAUGAUGGGAGCUAUGGGCGUGUACACCGUGGAGCAGAUGAGGUCACUCAAUUGAUCAUUCAUUGCCAAAUAUGUGAUUAUAUAUCUUAUUCUCUUUGAAACCGAUCUCUUAGUGUUUAAUAGUUAACAAUUCAUAGAGAUAUAGAGACUUAUUAUUCAUUAUUCCUGAACAGUUGUGCUACUUCAGAAUAUGUACUUGUAUGUGUUGCAGUACGGUAUAUAUACAAUUUUUUGUCUGUGACCUAUGCAGGGAAGUAAAGACAGUGUUGGUGCAGUGUCUGUGUUAGGCUGCCCACACAUGGGACACUUUUAGCAGAAAGUGGCCUGCCAUUAAAAUAAAAAAAUGGAAUACAGAAGUUUGUAUGGAAGACCACAGAGGAGCCACUGAAAGAGUGGAUAAAAAGUGGCUAUUGGGUUUGUUUCUUGGCCACACAAUCUAAAGCUGAUUUUAUCAGCUGAUCACUUAGUGACCAGCCACUUUCCACUGAAAGCGUCCCAGGUAUGGGGAGCAUUAAAGUCGUACGAUCCAGUCGUUUUACUCUUCAUCAGUACAGUAUUACAUUAUCUCAAUAUUGUGCAAUUCUAUUUGAACUCCUUUACAAUAAUUUUAGUCUGUUAUAAUAAUAAUAACUUAUUUGAGUAUUAAGAUAUUUAAAAUAAUUGGUGAGCCUGUGAUGUACAUGUAUUAUUAUUUAUGAUUAUUAUGAUUAUUAUUAUUAUUAUUAUUAUUAUUAUUAUUAUUAUUAUUAUUAUCAUUAUCAUCAUCGAUAAAGCCUGUUGUUAACAUUAAUACUGAAAAUAUAUAAAUAUAUGUAUAUACUAUAAAUAUAUAGUCUUCUAUGCAGAGGUUAGUGUAUUUCAGUGUUAUGUAUUAAAGUUGUGUUUUCACUGUAGUAAAACGCUGGGAAGGUAACCACAAACUAGUGCUAUGGUUAGUUAAUAAUUGUUAUUGAAGAGUCAGACAAUUGGUAGUUGAUGUUAUAUGACAUUUUUUUUCUCUCUUUACUCAUAGCACAAUCAGUUACAUAACAUUUGCUCUUCAGCGAGUUGUAGUAAGGACCGAUUAUGUCAUAUGCAUUUGGACAAAAGAAUAAUGAUAAUAUACCCUAGUGUGCUGAGUGCAUUUACUGGUGUGUACAGAGGAAUUUGAACAGCCAUCCAGCAAUCACAACUGUUUUUGCUUGAUGAAGUAUGACUGCAAUUAUUCAUGGCUGAGUUGGUCCCCCUUGUUAUUGGCAAAGUUCCGAAUGGGUAUUUUUUCUCAAUUAUCUAAGGUAACUGUUUUGUCAUUGAUUUAUUUUCAUUGUCUUUCCAUUUCAGCAUAGUUUCAGUUCUGUUUCUCACACCAUUCAAGAGGUAUGUUGAGAGAGACAGACUUGAUCAUAAUUUGUUGAAACAAAAAGAUUGUGGGAAAAACAACACUGUCAAUGAAGUUCCUCAAAUAAUUGGAAAAAAAUGUACAUUCGACACUGGAAAAAAAGGGCUGAUUUGUUUUCCCUUCAUAAUUCCUGUGUUUUCUCAGAAAGGAAUUCAGUGUAGGAAUCAUGGAAUCAUUGAAAGUACAUUUGCUUUACAGCUCUAUUAUAUUAUUUAUUUACAAUUCUUUGUCGAGCAAUGUACUUUGUCUUUAUGAGUUUUUUUUCUCUAAAAAUUACUUAUGUUGCAUUAUAUAGAAACUGAAUUUCCUGGUGUGGAGAGGAGUACUGUACUGUCAGAAGAGGUUGUUUCCUCAUAUGCAAAAUGGGAUUAAGUUACAUUGCGUCUGAAAAUUUUUUUCUACACUAAUUAAGGAAUUUUAAUAUCCAAUAUCCAAUGCAGGUAACAAGUAACAUUAGAUCACAACUACUAAAAAAAUAUAGGAAGUGGAUAUGGCAUGUUUACUGGAUGGAAAAAAACCAAGAAAUGUUAGCGAGUAGUGAUUUUACAAUUUAGCUGUGUAUUCAUGAGUACUAAUACCAAAGGUCCUUGAUGUUAAGGGACAAUAUAGAAUCGUUUAUAAUGACUUUAAUAAUAGUACACCAGAUAUUGCCUGCAGGUCAGCAACCCUCAAGGUGAACAUCUCUUUAUAGAUUUGCACUGUGCAAAGUGAGAAAAUUGGUCUCAUUAAUAGUUGCAUAAACUACAGAGAAUUUUCAAGGCUUCUGUCAGAUAGUGAAGUAGCAUUUUUCAUAUUCAACCUAAUACUACUGUACUAGGCUAUUUAACUCUAUUAAAAAAACACUAUUCACCUUCUACUCAAGAGUAGCAUUGUAUUACCCAGUAUAAUUAGUUAAUACAAUUGUUACAGGUUACAGAGAUGACCUAGAAUUUAUUUGCAGCAAAAUGGCAUAUGCCGUACAUUUACAGGAGUUCUGCUGCUGACUUACUUUUCAGGAGCGUUCUUGUUACUUUUAAGGAGCUUUCUUGUUAUCACUGUAGUAGUACGUCCCAUUAUGUGAGUGUAACCUACCAAAAUUAAUGUAAGAAUCCCCCAUCAGAAUCACCUCCAGUACUGUAUCAUGUCUCGCAGUCUCAUACACCACUGAGCACCACCUCUUUCAAUGACUUAAAAGUGAUGUUGAAUUCCAGUCCUGACCUCUAACUGGUCCGUCCAUACCAAUACAAAACAAGUGUGUACAACAGAGUAACCCACUGCCAUCCUCUGGAUUUUGAAAUAGACUAAUAAAACCCUGUACGUAGCUCCCUCAUUGAUAACAAUGUCCCUAUGAUGAAUUCAAGCUGUGCAUAGGGAGUCUACAUCUUUUUCGUUCAUUGCCCUUUUGGUGUUCCUCUGUCCUGUUCCUAUUUCUCCUCUCUUCUUAGCUUGAAUGUAGACUCCAGUUCAGAGAAAGAAUGUGUGUAUUAUAUUGAAGGCUUUUCUCAGGUUCAUAAAGCUGUUUCUAAGUAACUAGCAGAUCCAGUUAUCCCUUCAAAGAAAGACCAGUGAACGAUGUAAGUUAGGCGACAGAUUAACAUUUCUCAGUGCUGACAAGAACAUAUAACUAGAAAGACCAAUGCUUUAUAUUGCACAUUGAUUAGCAGCAUUCUACUCUACAAUUCACUAUAGCUUAUAAGUAUUCAAGGUAUAGGAUUGAGGAUUAUUCAGCAUGUUGGAAAUGUGUUUGGUAAACAUUUAUUAAUAAAGGUAAUACCACUAUCACUUUUAGCAGCACAUGAAGUUACAAGGGAAACAGUUCAGUAUAGUUGUUUCUAUGGACAUUUUACAGAUGAAAGUUUUGUUUCAUAAUUUUCUUUCAAUAUGAUGCAGUGCACUGGCCACUUGGUUUGUUCACAAGAGAACUACUUUUUGUUGUUGUGUGUUUUGCUACUGGAAGAUGAGGUCAGUCCUCAUUAGAAUUUGAACUGGAUGGUGUGUGUAGUUACAUUGUCAACUGCCCACUGUGUACUACUAAGGAAAUGUGUUGGAGUCCAGGCAGGACCUCAUGUUUGGAUGAUUACAUCUGUACUGCUUGUAUUCCUUUCAUUUGGUCUGUUAUUGCCUUGUUUUUUGUUUUGUAUUUCUAUAUUUAUGUGAGAAAUACUAUAUAAUGUGAUAAAUACUAUAUUUUAUCCUUGCUAACCUUAGCUUAAGACUUUUGUUGUACUGGUCUUCAAACAAUUAGAUGAAAUGGCAUGUUUUAUAGUAUGACCAUCAUGUUUUGACUUUAUCAUUGUUGGUUGUAUGAUUAUAUUGAAUGUAAGACCUUUGAUAAAGUCUUCCUUUGUAAAGUAAACUUUAUAAGAUCAGCACUUCUCACAUCCAUAAAGUUAUCAUGUGCUGAGAAAUAUAAUCAGCACUAACCAUCCAAUUUGAAAUCUAAUGGUGUGGUUAUGACUUCAUUGUGCAGUAGGCAGCGGUUGAGGGUUAUGUAGAAUGAUGGCAUUUGUUAAACAAGCCCAUAACUUUUCGUUUUGUUUGCCAUGAAAUGUCCUGCAGAUAAACCUUCUCAGGAGGAAGAAGUGAAACCAGUCCUUCUCAGGGGAAAAUUUCUCCUGAGCAGUUGGUCAAUAUACCUUACAUGGCACCUCAGAAUAUUCUUUCUUUUGUUUGUGUGUGGUCUAACUAAUUUUCCAGAAUACUUCAAUCAAUAUUUGCAUCAGUCAUUGUUUAUUCCUUCAUUAUAUUUAUUUCAUUAUAACUCUCUUUGUGAUAAACGGAUCAUGAAACUAUUAGGCUAGCAAGCUUUAACUUUCCGUUAGUACUCUCUUUGGUCUUCGCUAACCAGUGAUUACUGCUGAGGAUAUGUACGAUAGCGUUGAUAUUUAUUUACUUGUAUCAAUUAUAAUUAGUUUGCAUUAUCAUAGACAUCCCUUUACAUUCAUAUCUUGAGUGAGAGUUGCAUUAGUUGUAGGUCAUCUUUGGUUAAAAAUCCAGAAUGCUCAACUUAUGAGAAGACAAGUCCAGGAAGAUUCCCAGAUGGAGGACACUUCUGAGACUUGGUGCACUGGACUUGCAUAGUAUAUCUCGGAAAGAGGGGGUUCACUGAAGUGGCAACCAAAGCAAUAAGAUGAGCAUCACAUGAGAAGUUCUGUGCUCAUAAAAUAAAAGUUUCAUUAACAUAGGUAUUUUUUCUAGAAAUCUAAGUAAAAAUUGUUUUUUUAUUAUAAAAAAGGCUCUCAUUUCCCCACUUUCCAGCUGUUAAGGAUAAAGAGGGAACUAGAUUGUCACCCAAGACCUAUUGGACCUUCUUGCUUAUGAAGGACUGUCAAUUCCCUUCUUAUUCUUCUUCUUCCUCAGAAGCACAUUUGUCCCCAAACCAUUCUGUUGCAAAUGAAAUGGCACUCUAAGUUAUGAGUUCGUAUUAAAAAAUCUGUUUUAUUUUGUAUUUUUAGUAAGAACUAAUGUUUCCUGUAUUUAAAUAAUUAAGAAAAUAUAUAUUGUAACUUACUGUGAAUGUUGAUAUAUUUCUGCUUUGAUUCAGAAAUAAUUUGAUUUUUAGUCUUGGUCAACAUUAGACCACUCCUGUGUUUUUUUGCGACCUGUUGAUAUCUAAUGUAGUGGAGACAAAGUUCUGUUAUCUGGAUUCAGAUUCAACUAGAUAUGUGGUUGGACAAUAAGUACCUCUAUUAAUAUUCCACUGACUGUAACUUUUGUUUGAAAUGACAAAAAACUAUUGAUUUAGACAAGCUGACGCAAACUUUUAAAUGACAAAACUCAUUGGUUUAGACUGAUUGACAGUAAAGAAAAAUAUCAGAGGGGAAGUAGAAUAUUAGAUCAGUACCUACUGGUUAAACAAAAAAUUAGGAAAUAAGAAAAGCAAAAACCAAAGCUUAAUGAAAUUGAACAAUAUAUAUACACAUUGAUUUAUGUUAUUACUAAUGGAAAUUGUCUGCAAUACACAUGGCUACUCUAUGUCACUGGAAAGACCUGUAAACAUUUAGUCCAGUGUCAUUAAUGUCCAACUGUAAACAAGUCUUGUAUAUAAGUUAACACAUCAGGAAACCGGGUCACUGUUAGCUUCUGAUAACAACACAUCUCUGAUAGGCAUUAUAUAUUGUUCUUAAUUUUUCAUCCCAGUCAUAAUAUACUUUUGUCCUUACUUUUCAAAGAAUUGUUUUUACACCAAGGUGAUAAACUUGUGAAAUAGUACCACACUUUCCAGCUCCUAAUUCUGGUUCCAGUGCUGCUCUGAUCUUGUAUGCUUAAUCUUUUUACCAAAUGGUUAAUGGCAAAUCAAUCUAUAAUGUCAUCAUUAAUGUUCAAAUUGUAAUUUGUUUGGCCUGGGUGAGCGUAGCCUAGCAUACUGCAAGUAAAUUUUGGAAAACUCUUGAUAACAUCAGCACAUGUAAUUUUAUUCUAAAGAUUAAACAAAGGUGAAAUGAGAAAGCAACAAAUGUUAACAAAGGUUUAGUUUUUUAAGCUAAACAUCGUAGUAUUCCCUUCUUCUGUUGAUUUUACCACAAGGUUUGAUACAAAAUUACUACAGAGAAAAAAGGAAAUGUCUGUGAUUCUGGGUGACCAAGGCACAAUAAAUAGAAAUAGUGUGCUUGAACCACACUUGAAUUUCGCCUAUGGGUUUCUGUGUAGACUUAGCAACGUGAAUGGAAUCCAGUUCUUAUCUUGAUUUGCCUCUUGUACUUUUGAAAUAUUUCAAGUUUGGAAUUGCACCAGUGGAGCCAUGUCAAGCUUACAUAUGCUUAGACUACAACAACUAUGGUUGGAACCAGUGGCUAAUGGGACUGUGCUUAUGUUGAGAACAUGAAUGUUGCUUCCUCAACUGUUCUGCAUAAAAUAUGAAAUUGCAAAAAUGAAGCUUUUGCAUCAGAGCCAAUGGCAUCUUAUUUUGUAUUGUGACUGUCCUCGGAAUUUGCCAGCACAGAACAUGUAUGGUGACAAAUUUGUUUUGGUGCAUAAUUGAUCGUUGAGAUAACCUUGUACAGUCCUUAGAAUUUAUUUAGUUUUUGAUGUAUGUUCAUGUCAAAUCAAAUACUACUGUAGAUGCUGUUCAGGCAGAAGUCUCUUUUGCUGUGUAAAGUCUAAUUACUUAACUGUUGUCUCGAUUCAGUUUUUGCUCAUGUUAGCCACUGGAGCACAACAUAAAUUUCUUUAGCUAUGUAUGUGUACGUAUAUUCAAAUCAUUAAAGUCAAUAGGACAGAAAUUCUUGUAAAUAUUGUAUAUUUGAUAAAGAAUAAAUGAAUAACUAAUCAUUCACACAGUGAUGAAAGUGAAACAGAAAUGUGAUAGAAUCCUUUAAUUUUUUGUACUUGCUGCUCUUUUCACAUUUACAAUGCUUGUUAGUAGUGUUCGUCUCUUUUUGUUUGUUUCUGAAAUGGCUUUGUAUGUAGAACAUACAACACAGGAGGUCUGCCAUCUGUUGGGAUAAUCCUCUCUGAGCCAUAUUCCAUUUUCAGUUAGGUUUGAUUUCUCUUAUCCAAGAUCCACUGUUGCCGUUGCAUUUUGAAAUCUUUACGAUGGAUGUGAUAGGCGUACCCAGAAUCCAGGUGCAUUUUUCAAGCACCACUGGUUACUGCCCAACAGCUCUUUACUCUUAAGUUUUAUAUUAUACUUCUUCUAAGUAUCUUUGCUUUGAAGUAAUCCUCAGCAUUGUUAUUUGCUGCUGUUCCAUGGAUGUUGGCAUAUGACAGUGUGCAUAGGCAUGAAAGUGUUGUCACAAAUAAUAAUUUAAAUAUUCUUUUGUAUCAUCCUCGUGAAAUACGUUUUAUAGGUCAUUUAUUUUUUGUUCCGUGGUCUGGUUAAAGUAAAGGAUAUUGUAGACUGUCUGGAUAAUUAUCAUGACAUUUCAAAAAUUUAUGUUUCAUUUUUUUCCUCAAAUUCUCAUGUCAUCAGAAUCCCAGUGGAUGAAAUUGAAACAAUGUUGUUUGAGUAAACCAGUCCAUACUCUUUCAUUAUAAUGUAACAUCCUGCUUAAAAUUGAAGUAAUCUCAGUGUUAGUGUAAUUGAUGUCUGCGAAGAAUGAGGUAUGUCCUCUUUUAUAUAUGAAGAUAAGAGUGCAUAGCUAAUGUUCUUGGGCUUGAAUUUUAUCCAGGGUUAGUCACUUGUCUUAGAAAAUAGAAAUCACUUCCUUGAAAGCUUUGUAGUAUAGUUUUUCCAUGUGUCUGGAGGCUUGUGGUGUGAUUCCAAAUAGGUUUUAUGAGUAGCUAAAAGUUUAAAAGCAAUGCAAGCUAUGAAGCUGAGGGGUUUAAAGUGUGUCCGAAGUUUGCAGUUGUAUUCAUUUUAUUUUUCAUGAUGUACUUUGUGUUCUUCACAUUAAUCAUGACUUGGUGCUUUUUGUUUGAAUUGAGAUGAAACUGUUCGGAGGACUGUAGAUGACAAAAACUAUCACUGCUACAGCACAGUGAUCUCUGUUGGACUAAUUUCAAGAGAGUUAAUGAUAAAAACUAAACACUAAUUCAAAGUCCAUAUUUUCAAGCUUUUUAGGAACGGUCUUUGUGACCUGAAUAUGAAGUCUAUUUAGUCAGAUUUCAUUGAAUAUGGCACUUUUAAUUUUCAAGAACUGUAUCUCAUUAAAGUAACUGUAUUUAUCAUACAGUAGUCAUUAGAGUUUACCAUACAGUAGUCAUUAGAAUUGACAAAGUGAGAGGGAAGAUGAUGAGAUUUUAUACUAUAUAUAUAUAACUAAGCAGCAAAGGAGAGAUUCAAAGGGGGAAAUAAUAUUGCUUUUGCUACAGUUGACGACAUAUUGAUGGUUUCAGACACAGAGUGGUGUUACGUCUGAAGCAGACUGCAUUCAAGAGAGUGUCCUAGGAGAGUAUAUACAUACGUAUGUUAAGGUUCAUUCACUCCUGUCAGUUUAUCAAAGUCUAGGGCGUACACGCAUGUCAGGAUCUGCCUAGUGCUGUUUUCUCAACUUCAAUAACAUUUCCAUUACUGUGCCUAUUAUUAUUAUUAAAAUAUAUAUUAGGCCUUCUUACAUUUAUAUUCCAAAGGCAGCAAUGUGUAAUGUUCAUCGUGUGACACUGAACAGCGUUCUUCUUCCAGUUACCUAUACUAGACGAUUACUACAGCCCAUUGUUCAAAAACCUGUACAAUAGAGUCCAUAUCAUUUGACUUAGAGAAAGAAAUCGAUUCUACCACUUCUUACAUGUGCUCUUCACACGUGAUCCAGCUCAUUUCACUGUCCUCUUCUGUAUAUCAUAACUGAUAAUAAAAUAGUACUACAGCCAAUAAUAAUUACAAAAUGAUACAUCCAAUGACAAUACUCAGGUCAUUCUCAGUAGAGUUGUAAUCUGUGUUCAAACAAAACAGUUAUCUCGGACAAGGAUGUUUCUUUCCCUGUCUUUGCUAAUACAGUACUUUAAUAACAAUAACAAGACUAUAUAGGUAACAAAGCACAUAUAGGACCAGUCAUAGAAAAGUCAUCUAUAUUUUUUGUCUCUAGAAAAUAUACUAUAUUAAUAUAUUUUUGUCGAAUGAAUGUGUCCACAUUACGCAGUCAUGUUUUUGCUUUUCAUCUACAGCACAAUCAGAUUUUUUUUCCUUUUUAGAAUUAAUGACCAAGCAAAAGGUUUGUCCUGUUACACGGGAUACUUUGAUGAAGUCUCUGAGAGGAUGAGGAGAAUAUAAGUGGUAGUCAAGGUUUUUCAGUCCAGCUGUUUAGAAAAAGGUGACUGUUUAUAGCUGCCCUAGCAUUAGUUUUUCAGAGAUAAUUCUCUAUCAUUAACAUGGCUGCUAGAAGCAUGCAAUAUUAACCAAGUACCACUAGUUCAGUUCUCCUACUUAAAACGGUUGAGCCAUUGCUUUGUUUCUGAAUUUUUUCUUUUUUUUUCUGUCACAUUGCCAGUUCAUAAGCAAUACUAAUCUAAGGAAUGAUAUUCCCUUCCUGAGAAAGCAAUGAAGAGCCUCGUACAUAAAACUAUCUUCCAAUUUUAACUCUGAAUAAAUCUGGUUACAUGUGAUUCUCUUAUGACACCAGACUUCCCAGUCUUACAACUUGACACUGCUGCUGAUGACGGCUUGUUUGUGCUGUAGAAAACUGGUACAAAAACAUGACUGUUGAGAUUUUCCAUAUUAUGUGUACUCAUUGUAGCACAUGUAAAGUACUUCAAAAUAAAUUUAAUAUUUCCUUUUAGAA